AUCACUUAUUCCGUCUCUUAUUUGGCAACCUCUCAGGUUCAAGGCUAUUCACGCGGGCUGCUCUCAUUGAUAUUGGAUUCAGCCGACUUGGUGUCAGUGGACACCUGGAACCGGUUACACGGAUUCUUGAUGAACGGAUCUCCUUCGCAGUCAUCAGAUUCCAAGCCCGACACCCAAGCGACCAUUCCAACCCCUGUUGUCUCUUCUUCUGCCUCAACCAAAAAUGUAGUUGCUUGUGCUUCUGUCGACGGAAAUCAGGACAAUGCUUCUCAUGACCGAGACCCUAUUAUCUGGGCUUCGCCGAGUCCCCUGAUUGUGAUAUUGGUUGGUCUGUCAGAAUCGAGUACAGACGAACCAUAUUCCAAUCACCUUGGCCAGACUGAACUUGUUGAGGCUGAUUGUGAGAGAAAUCUGUUUAAAGCCUCACUGUCUCGGUUCGAUGGGCUUGCCGUUGAUUGGGCUCUUGGAGUCCAGACGAAGCCUCUUCAUGAGACAACCUCUGCUGAUUCUACAUAUAAGAUAUGA